GCCCGGGUUGUCCCACUAUAAAAAGAGUUUGAACCUCCCUCGUCGAAGGGAAGCCGCGCGCACUUCGAACAAGUCCCGGCCGAACGGUCACUCCGGAAGACGUCCACGCUGCGCUCGCCGGCCUUCUCGAUCACGCGAAUUCGCGAGUUCAGGAGGCACCAGCCAGAAGGCAGCGCCGGACAAGAACAACGCGGAGGACUCGUCUUGAGGAUCUAAGUGCGCAAGGCCAGAUACAUCGAUCAUGUCUGCAACCGGGCUGCUCCUCCUUGGCGUCCUCGUCUUUUCAGUCUGCCUGACUGCAGCACAAGAAAAGCCGGAUGACGUGAGCGAAGAGCGCUUUCAGCCGGAGCAGAAGCGGCCUUUCUGCAACGCCUUCACUGGCUGCGGAGGGAAGAGGUCCCAGUACAGGACGCGCAACCUGAUAUCCAGGCUGCGGCAGAGGAUACUGGAGGAAUCGGCUAGGAGUCACCAUCGCUCCCGGAGCCAAUAUCAAGGCGACGCAGACAGCCGCAGUGCUCUGGACGCUGACGACCUGCGGAGCGGUGCCAUAUUGGUGAAUCUACCCAGCCUGUUGCGGAAGCGGAGGUUCUCCAUGAACAGCCCAUAGCUCGAAGUGGACCGUGCUCAUCACCUUCUAAACAUCAAUGGCGCAGGUGCUUUCCAACAUCUUGCUGACAUCGUGACACCUUGUCAUGGAUUAUGCCCGCUGUCCUUGGUCAUGCCUUUGAGCAAUGCCUGCAACUUCCAUGCUCUCCAGCCAACGCAGCCAUGCCUCUAGACAGGGUUCUUGCAGGCCUUCUACUGCCCACACCUUUUUUGCGACCCUGGCUAAAAGCACUCCAAUAAACACCUCCCUGAAACUUGACAA